UUUGCAAAAAAGCCCUCCAGUUUCUCCCGACCGAACCCGCGCUCCUCGUCUUGCUCCUCCGACAGAAUCCCCAGCUCCGCUGCUCCCCGCCGCCGUAGCUUCGCUCCUCCACGCCGCCGCAGCUGCCCUGUCCCCGCCGCCGCAGCUCCCCCGCUCCCCGCUCCCCUGCUGCAGCUGCCUCCUGCUCCACCGCCGCAGCUGCCACUCGCCUGCCUCCCCAAGCUCCCCCCUUCGUCAUAAAAAUGUUCGAUUUCCCCAGCUACCACCGCGCUCUGCUCCGGCUGUGUCAGAACCGGCGUCGGCGAGCCCGGAGGCGCUGGAGGCGGGCGCUCGAUGCGUCGUUCCCGCGCAAUAGAAGCAGAGGAGGCCGGCGGGGUCUUGGAUGGCGACGCGGGACCUGACGGCAGCUUGGCGCGGGCGCCGGGGCCGCCGGAGUUGUCCCCUCCGGUGGUAGCGCGGGGAGGCACGGCGCGGAAGGGAGGAGGGCGGCGCUCGAGGUCGCCGACAUCCGGCAAGGCCGCAGCGAGGGAGCCGAACGGAGGCGGGCGACGGGAGGCUGCAGGGGCGACGCGCUCGGGGAGAGGGAGAGUGGGGAUCGGGAACGAGGGGGAUGGAGCUCGCGGGCGCCAUUGACACCCAGUGCUUGGGAUGGAUGCAGGAGAGAUAAGUGGCAUGGAAGAAGCCCUGGAAUGAUGAUUCUCGGCUCCAUAGCACAGGAAGCAACAGCGGCACGAAGAGAUUACACUGGAUGUCUACUCCUUAUGCUUGCAACAACAACAUCACUAAGAGAUUACAACAAGGAACAACAGCAGUUGCUACAGAUCAAUCUACAGGUCAGAGAUUACACUGUACCUUCUUCUUCAGAGAUGAUCAGCAGCGCAGCACGAGCACGAGCUCCACCGGCAAGCAUGGAGCAUGGGCGAGCGUGCACGCACCCGAGCUUGGGUGGCGGCGGCGCCGGUUUUUGGUCACCGGAGGAGCUACUGACGAGCUCCAAUGGCGGCGAGCGGCAGACCACCACGACCAGGAGAACCAGCAACCAAUCGACAGCGGAAAAGAGACCUGGAGGACCCGAAGAUCACCCUGAAGCUGUUGAGCAGCUCGAGGAAGCCAUAGGAGGAGCGAUGGCGUUGAGCUCGUGUGCGGAAUCGGCGGCCGGAGUGGGAGGAGACGGGAUCGAUUCCGUCGAUCCACGGCUUCCCAGCAAGCGUGGCUCAAGGAGGACGUAUGUCUGGGCGAGGCGGAGCUCCUGGUAUGCUCGGGGAGGACUAAGGAGGUGCGACGUCGCCGAGCUCCUGUGCCGACGCCGCUGCCGGCGUGGGAGGAGACGAGCUCGUUUUUGGAGUGUGGGGGGAGCUCCUGUGCGGAAGCAGCGACCGGCAGCAGGGGAGAAGCAGCGACCGGCCGGCAGCAGCCGUUUUGGCCAACGGCAGGAGAUCCACCGGCCUGGAGCCUGGCCGGCGGCAGGAUCUUCCCGCGCCUGGAUCCUGCGUGCGGGUUGAUUUUAGAGAAUUCAAAGUUGCGGAAGGGUGUUUUUGUAAAAAGUGCGAUAGUUCAAAUUUGAAACCCCCUGCGACAUGUUUUUCGGGACGGAGGGAGUACAUUGUUCCAUAAAUGCUUGAUGAACAUCCACAUGCAAGCGAAUGGUGUGGAUAAGCAUAUGGAUAAGCAUACCACUCGGCGCCAUGCACCAAAGGAGCUUUUCGCUUGUAGGCUCCCUUUGAGUAAGCAUCUAGCGUCUGGUGUAGCAGAGAUCCCGACAGCCUGCACCAAAGAAUUCAGACAAGCAAGCUCAUGCGUGGCAGCCAUAGUUAGCCGAUUACCAACCCUAUUUCAACAUGUUAGCUCUGCAUUAUUGUUGCAACCAUUGCAUUUUGUCAACACUAUAUAUAGUUUCCUUAGUGUCUUUUUUAUUUUGCAAACCUGUAGGAUGGUUUCCAUAUAUUGUCCAAGUGUUGACAUUACAAUGAUAAAUUUCUUCUCUUGCUUUG